GACGCCCGGAAGGCCCCGAGGGCCGGACGCCGGGCUCGCCGACGCCUGAGGGGAGCUUCGGCCGGCGCUGGACGAGGAGGACGAGGAGGAGGAAGAGGACGACGAAGAGGACGAGGAAGAGGACGACGAAGAGGAGGAGGAGAAGGAUGCCGCGGAGCCGCCCCGGGCCCGACCCCCGGGCCCGCAGCCCGCAGCCCCACACCGCCCGCUGACCCCGCCCGCACCCACCACUCAGGCGGAGCCAAUCAGAAUAAUGUUCAUCACCAACGUCUUGGAGAACCUGAAGGUUUACGUCAGCAGCCGGCCUCCACUCGUGGUCUUUAUGAUCAGCGUAAGCGCUAUGGCCAUCGCUUUCCUCACGCUCGGCUAUUUCUUCAAAAUCAAGGAGAUCAAAUCGCCAGAAAUGACCGAGGACUGGAACACCUUUCUUCUGCGGUUUAAUGAUUUGGACUUGUGUAUAUCAGAGAACGAAACGUUGAAACAUCUCUUAAACGACACCACAACCCCCGAAAGCACAGUGACUAGCGGUCAGGCCCGCUCAUCCACGCAGUCGCCUCAGGCCCUCGAGGACUCUGGGCCCAUUAACGUCUCGGUGACAAUCACUCUGACCCUGGACCCCCUCAAGCCGUUUGGAGGCUACUCACGGAACGUCACCCACCUUUGCUCCACCAUUUUUGGGCACCAGAUCGGACUUUCAGGGAGAGAAGCCCACGAGGAGAUCAAUAUCACGUUCACGCUGCCCGCCGCUUGGAAUUCUGAUGACUGCGUCCUUCACAGCCACUGUGAGCAGGUGGUGUUCACGACGUGCAUGACCGUCACGGCCGCCACAAAUGUGUUUCCCGUCACAGUGCAGCCCCCGCACUGCGUCCCCGAAACCUACAGCAAUGCCACUCUCUGGUAUAAGAUGUUCACGACAGCCAGGGACGCCGACACGAAAUACGCCCAGGAUUACAACCCCUUCUGGUGUUACAAAGGGGCCAUCGGCAAAGUCUACCACGCUUUAAACCCCAAACUGACCGUCAUCGUUCCAGACGACGAUCGCUCCUUAAUAAACCUGCAUCUCAUGCACACCAGUUACUUCCUGUUCGUGAUGGUGAUCACCAUGUUCUGCUAUGCAGUCAUUAAAGGGAGGCCCAGCAAACUGCGGCAAAGCAAUACGGAAUUCUGCCCCGAAAAGGACUUGGGCAUGGAGUCGACCUCGCUGGAUGACGUCCUGUACCGCUACGCCAGCUUCCGCAACCUGGUGGACCCCAUCACCCACGACCUCAUCAUCAGCUUGGCCCGACACAUCCACUGCCCCAAGCCGGAUGGUGCCUCCCUGGGCCACGUGGAGAAGCUGUGCCGGCAGCUGACCUACCACCUGAGCCCGCACUCCCAGCGCUGCCGGCCGCCCGGACUCAGCAAGAGGAAGCCCCAGGCCUGGCUAAAGGCGGUGAUGUCAGGGCCGCCCACAGAUAACACGGUGGACCUGUCGGGGAUCGUGCUGAACUCCCGGGAACUGGACCGGCUAGUGGGCUACCUGCAGCGCUGGGCCACCCAUGUGGUCAGCCUGGAGCUGGGCUUUACCGAACUGACUGAUGCCUCGCUGCAGCGGUUGCUGCCAGCCCUGGCCGCUCUGCCCCGCCUAGCCACGCUGGCCCUCCCGGGCAACCGGCUGACAAAGGCUGCCCUCCGCUACCUUACCGACGCCCUCAAGGACCCCGCCACCUUCCCCUGCAUCACGUGGAUCGACCUGGGCAACAAUGUGGACAUCUUCUCCCUGCCCCAACCCUUCCUGCUCGCCCUCCGCAAGCGCUGCCCCCACCAGGGCCACCUGCCCACCAUCUUCGAGUUCGGGGAGGGGCCACCAGGGAUCGGAGAGGGGGAAGGCCCUACGGACCCAGGCGGGCUGGGGAGGAGGGAGCUGGAGACCCAACCCCUUGCUCAGACGUGAGGCUGCAUCCUCCGGUGGCCCAGUGCUGGAGGAAGGGUGAGGGUCCCAGCCCACCUCACCUCUGGGGCACCCAGGGGGGUGCCCAAGGUUCACACCUGUCCCAGUUUGCCUCCUUUCCAGGUCUGAGGUUAGCAGUCAGAGGCGCUGUGUACCUGUGGUCCAUCCUGGACCCCUGCUGAACCAGGCCUGUCUGUGGGCAGGGUUUCCUACUACCCUCCCCCAGCCAAACCUCGGGAGGUGAGGGCCAGAGAUGAAGCACUGUGGGCUGGAACAAAGUGGCCUCAAGCUGGAAGGACAUGAUUCCCCCCACCCCCCCAAUCUGCACUACCCAUGCCCUACACACCCAUAUUCCUGAGGGUGGGAGGGUAGCCAGGGCAGGGACCACUGCCUCUCACUCUGGUCCCUGGGGGUGGGGAUAGCAGAGAGGAACCAGCUUGGGUCACUGCCAUGAACAAGGGGAGCAGGGAUGGAAGGGAGGUGAGGCACUGACCCCCCUCCCAGUCCACAAUUCACUGUGAGGGCCACAGCCCACCCCUGGCCUGCUUCCUGACUCAAGUCAGGAAAGCUGCAGCCUCGUCUCUUACUUGCUCAGAGCUGACUUGGAGAAGCACUGCCACCCCUUCAACCAGGGGACACACUUCACCCAGCUAGAAAAAAGCACCAAACCCCAAAAAACUUGUUUCUAACCAGAAGCUAGCCGAGGGGCGGGGAGGGGGAAAGUGUUAAUCUUCAGAGUCAAGUGGGGGGUGGUAAAUCAAACCACAAGCCCCACAACAGCCUGGGAUCCUUUCUAAAAUAAAAAAUGCC